UUUUUUUUUUUUAAGAUAGUGCUAUUGCGACAAUAUAUUAGUUUUAAGUGUUUUUCUUUGAUUUGAGAAGACAAAUUUAUAUAACACAAGUGCCUUUUUGGUUAUACCUCACGAGCAAGUUUAGACAUUUGUCUCAGAUGUGUUAUUUUAAUUUUUACUUACCGAGUACGAUUAAUUUUUAAUUAUUGUUGUUAUCAUGCUUGGGAUUAAGAAAUAUAUCCACAGUACGGUUGAAGUUAAAAAUUUUUACAUUUGUGUCUAGAUUCGUUGAUGCCUUGUUUCUUGUAAACUGGAGCAUGUAAGGUAUAACCAAAGUUUCUUCAACCAUCUUCUUAUUAAUUUUAGCAGUAAUUCCGGUUUGGGGAACAUAUAUUUCCUGCAUCGCCGGUUUUGAGAUUGGCACAAAAGAAAUUUCUAAUGUUCCUCCAUUUCACAAGUAAUUUUGUGAUUGGCGUACAAGUCCAUACGGCUUCUGCAGUUUGUUCUUUUCCUAUAUGAGGCAUCAAAGUCUUUACUUUCUUUCGUUUGCAGUUGUUGACAUUACUUGUUUAGUGGAUUUUCAUGUUAGGAUCCAACCAUGAGAUACCAUUCAACCCAUACCUAUAAGUAGAUAAUUUUUCCGAAAUAUCUUUUUUUACGUAAGUAUUGUAGGAGAUAUAUUCCAUGCGCUGUUUCAUCUUAGUGUAAUUACAAUUUGUGUUAGAACAUUGAAAAUUAUUUAGAGCGUGUCUUAAGCUCGUUUUUUUUUUUUUUUUUUGUGCAGAUCUUCUAUCAUACCUUUUUCCUUAUAGUUAUUUUAGAUAAACCACAAUAGCCGAUGACUUCUCCUACUCUUGACUCACCCUGUCCGUCCUCAACUAGCGAAACCUUUUCUGGAUCUUUCAAUAUAAGUAUAGAGGAAGAGAACCCAGACGACAUUUUACCUGUUCUGGAAGACCCAACCUCUUCUAUGUCCUGUGGCCAUAAUAUCCCAAAACCACCUCCUGUCCCUAGUAAAGCAUAUACACAAAAUAAACACUUCAAAAGGCUUUCACAGCGUUGCUAUGUCCCAAAUGAAACACUGGAUACAUGGGACAAGCUUUUUAAAGAAGCAUAUGGUGCUGAUGUCUAUAUUUGCACCGAGGACGGAUCGUGUAUUCCAGUCCAUUCUAGUGUUCUGACUGUUGCGUCACCGGUGCUUGGUAAAUUUCUGCAGCAAUCAAAAGCUAAAUAUGGUAUGAGAUACAUUAAGAUUCCUGGGGUACCGUAUGAAGCAGUCUACACAUUCAUUCGUUUUCUUUACUCAUCCUGCUCUGAAAAGGAAGAGAUGAAGAAAUUUGUUCUCCAUCUGUUGGUUUUGUCACACUCCUACUCAGUUCCAUCAUUGAAAAGAGUUUGCGUAUAUAUUCUUGAGCAGGGAUGGAUUACUAAAGAAAAUGUUGUCGAUGUGCUUCAAUUGGCGAGGAACUGUGAUGCACCGCGGCUAUCCUUAAUUUGUGUACGCAUGAUUGUGAAGGACUUUAAAGCCAUAUCAUCAACCGACGGCUGGAAAGUGAUGAAGCGAGUUAAUCCUGCACUUGAACAAGAGCUGCUAGAGUUCGUUGUUGAAGCAGAUUCUAGGAAAGAAGAGAGGUUGAAGAAAAAGGAAGAGAAAAAAGUGUACUUGCAAUUGUAUGAGGCAAUGGAAGCCCUCCUUCACAUAUGCAGGGAUGGAUGUAGGACUAUAGGUCCCCAUGACAAGGUGUUUAAAGAAAGCCAAGUGGCCUGUGGCUUUCCUGCUUGCAAGGGGCUUGAGACCUUAGUUCGUCAUUUCUCCAGCUGUAAAACCCGGGUUCCUGGUGGAUGUGGUCACUGCAAACGCAUGUGGCAGCUUCUUGAACUGCAUUCUCGUAUUUGCAACGACCCGGAAUCAUGCAAGGUCCCUUUGUGUAGGAAAAAAUGCAGCAGCAGACUAAGAAAGACGAGGCUAAAUGGACGCUGUUGGUGAGCAAAGUGGUAGCAGCAAAGGAUACCCUGGGAUCUUGAGAUGAUGCAUUAUUCUCCUCCUUGAUGGUUUCUCCAAGAUUCCCUACCUCCAGAUGGAUGUUGGCAUCUAUUACCCAGGUAAGGCAGUUCAUCCCAGUAAUAUCUAGGGUGUUAUAUCCCACAUGACCUAGGGGAGAGGAUCUUCUAUGCAUGAUAUGUACAUGUCUACCUCCAUAUAGCACGAGACCUUUUGGGAACUCAUUGGUUUCAGAUUCCAUCAGAACUCCGAAGUUAAUAAGAAUGGCGAUUGUGCUGCACCACUCUCAUUGAAACAAUAUAGCAUAAGAUGGGCGAUUCCGCACCACUCAAGUAGCAGAAAAAUUUAAAUAUGUAGAGUAGGGUGGGGAUUAUACAGUACCAUCUAAAAUUGCAGUAAAAUUAAAUCUGCAGUCCAAGAUGGGCGAUGAUACCGCACCAUCUUCGAUCGCAACAAAAAUAAAUAAACAUUGGGUUAAUAAUCACGAGCUACAGCAAACAAGAAAUCAAAGAUAUAAGUAAUUGUUAUAUUGACAACUAGAAGCAGGCAUGGCGCUAGCAAUUCUUCGCGAGGGUAUAUCUAGCAGGUGAGGCAGAGGAGGAAGAAGAACAAGAAAAUCCUUGGAGGAAACAUUUUUCGCCGAUGUGAACUAUUUAGGGUUAGAGAGUUGUGCUAAUAACGUGUUGUAAAUAGGCAAAAGUUAGAGGAAUAACCUUUGUUAAAGACAGGAGCGAAAGAGGUGCAAAAUAUCACACUGUUUAGUUUCGUAGCUAUAACACAAAAGAAUUGCAAUAAAAAGAGGAGAGGAAGGAUACUGA